AUGAAACUGUUGAGCGUAUUAAUAAUAUUAAUAAUAUUAAUAAACAUUGCACUAGGAUAUACAGUGAUGGUAAUCUCAUACGAGGCAAUAUUUAAAAAGACAAUGUUUUCUGCGGUGGUUAAAUAUUUCAGUCCUACUAGUAAAAAGCCCGUACAUCGUAAGCCAUAUGUAAAUAUGACUCGAAGAAAAUCGGGGUUAGACAGCUCAUAUUAAUUAACCCCAUUAGGCUCUAAUAAAUGC